CAAAUUUGACAAAGGUGCAAUCAAGCCAGCGAAUGCCCUGUUGUCAGUGUUGAGAGGAAGUGGCAGGCUUGAGCAAUUGCCUGUCAAGGAUCGACCUUUGUGUUUUUGCGGCAUUGGAGGCACCUCGCAGAAUGACAAAGCCGCACUAUGAUCCUGUUGGCUCGGUCGCCGUAAUUGGAGCAGGAGUCAGCGGCUUGGCGGCUGCUUACAGGCUCAACAAGGAGGGCGCUGACGUCACCAUCUUUGAGGCAGGGGAUCAUGCAGGGGGGGCAAUCCAGAGCUUCUCAAAGGAUGGCUUUGUUUGGGAGCGGGCGGCAAACACUAUGGCUGAAAACGACCCUCUUAUCGGUCAGCUGAUUCGGGACCUGAACAUUGAGGACAAGCGGAUUUGGCCCGCCAACGCAAACAAGCGCUACAUCGUGAAGAACGGGAAGGCUGUGCAGGCUCCCGCUAACCCCCUCGCACUACUGACCAACAACCUGCUGUCUCCCGGCGCAAAGCUGAGAGCGCUGGCGGAGCCCUUGAUUUGGAAAAGAAAGAAGCACGCGAAGCAGCAGAAGGGGGAGGAGGCCCACGGGGAAGCGCAAGAAGAAGACGAGAGCAUAGGGGACUUCUUGGAACGGCACGUGGGGCGGGAGCCGGUGGAGUAUCUGCUGGAUCCUUUUCUGGCGGGCACGUCGGGGUCGGACCCCCAAUCGACGGCGGUCAAGUAUGCGUACCCAAACCUGUAUGACUGGGAGGAAAGCAAGGGCUCCCUUCUCAUUGGCGCCAUCGCCGCCCAGCUCUCCAAGAAGAAGCCGCAAAGCAAGGCACAUGGCUCGUCUAAAGUUGCGCCAGCGGGCUCCCAAUCUGACGGCCACGUGGCAGACAAAGGCAAGAAGGGCAAGCGGCACCGAGGGUCGUUCUCCUUUCUGGAUGGUAUGCAGACGCUGCCAAACGCGUUGGCAGAUCACGUGGGCCGGCACCGCCUGAAAACACAGACGCCCGUGACGCGGCUCGACCUGACGGCGGCCGGGCCGACGCGGCGCGGGGACUGGACCGUCGAGUAUGCGGCACGGCCCGGGAAGAGCGAGAGCCGGCACUUUGACGCCGUCCUAGUUACGGCACCCCUGGAGGACGUUAAGAAUCGCAUGAAAAUCUCGAAGGGCAACCGGCCGUUCUCUUUGGGCUUCAUACCAAAGAUUACAUACCAGCCGAUGACGGCGUUGAUACAGGGCUUCAGGGCGGAGGACGUCAAACAACCGCUGGAAGGAUUCGGCGUUCUAGUCCCGAGCAAAGAAACCGAGUUCAAAACCCUAGGUACUCUGUUCAACUCGUACAUGUUCCCCAAUCGAGCACCGUCCGGGUUCGUGACCUUCACCACGUUCAUUGGAGGCAGCCGGCACCCCGAACUGCCCGGCCGACCAAUAGACGAACUGAAAGAGGUCGCCGCACGGGACCUGCAAAGACUGCUCGGUGUCGAAGGAAAACCGGCAUUCUCGCAGCACAUCUACUGGGAGAGAGCGUUUCCUCAGUACGGCAAGGGCUACGGCGAGGUCCUCGAAGCGAUCCGCAAGCUCGAGACGGAUUUACCGGGGCUGUAUGUAGCCGGGAACCAUAGAGACGGUUUGGCGGUCGGGAAAGCGCUCGUUUCCGGUUAUGAUGCUGCCGGCAGGAUCUUGACGGACUUGAGGGGGAUGGUAGCAGCCAUUCCGGCUGUGAAGUUGAGUUAGUCAUCAAAGGAAUUGGACUCUGAACAUGCAAACCUUGGGGUCACGCAUGAAGUAGGAUUUGGUCAAAAAACCACUCGUCGAAACUGUUUCAGAUUGAGUUGCGACAUAGGCGUGGAUCGGGGCUCCGACGUAAGGAAAAGUGCGUUGAGGAAGUAUCUUAGCGCCGAGUUCGUCCUAGUGAAACUUCAAUACUAAGCCUGAUCGUGUACAUGCCUUCAAAUCGAUGUUAGGAAAUCUAUACCUUGACAGACUUUAGUCUACUUGUAGUACACGCGUUGUUGACUGACUUCGGUGGACUUCAGUGCUCUUGAGCUGCUGAGCACUUCGCUCACGUUUGAAAACAUACAAUGGUCCAGUAAUUCAAACUUAUCGGUUGCAAUGCUGCGUUGGAU